GAAUUUGAAAUGUAUCGGUCGCUAGGAGACGGGAGUCCGCGACUAGCUCUCUUGGCAGAAACGUGUAUGGCGAAGUGCGAUCGACUCGUCGAUACGCAGCUGUCCUGCCGCGUUUAUCAAAUUUAUAAAAGUUUUCUCGAAACGCGUGUGUAAAUAAACAGUUUGUUUUAUUUCGUUUUGAUUAUGAAGUGAUACAAAUGUUUGUUUAAACGUGCCGAUUUAAGUGAAGCUGAAGCAUUCGUAACAGUAACUGCUUCUCGCAAUGACAUGGGAGAGCAUUCAGUUACCUUUUGAGAAACCGGAGGCAUUUAAAAUGUUUCUUAUGGCCUAAUUGAUGCCUUUGUAACGUAUAAGUGAUACUUUGGUAAUAAGGACUAAAUAGUGUUUUCUUUUGGUGACAUUAGCGAUUGUUUGUAUCGGUUCGUCAGUCGUCUACACGUUCAAAAUGAGUGUUUUGAGUGGAAUAUGUAAGGCUGAUAUAAAAACAGCGAGUGAUGGACUGUUGGAGCUGUCUGAGGAGAAGCUGCGAAGCAUCAUGCGCUCGGAUCCCAUCACAGACACUUACCACGUCGAACAAACCCCAUUCGCAAGGGGCAAAUUCGCAUCGGUCCGCAAGAUACGGCACCUGGUCUCCGGCGAGGAGUACGCAGCAAAGUUUAUACGCAAGCGGCGGCGCGCCGCGGACACGACGCGCGAGAUCCACCACGAGGUCGCCGUGCUCGCCCUCUGCGCCGAGUGCACGCGGGUUGUGCGAUUGCACGAGGUAUACGAGACUCGUUCAGAAGUUGCCAUAGUACUAGAAUUGUGCGCGGGGGGCGAACUCCAACGCCUUCUCGACGAAGAAGAACGCCUCUCGGAGGGUGCAGCCAGGAGAGCCCUACGGCACGUGCUCGAGGGGCUGGCGCACCUGCACGCGCGCCGCGUGGCCCACCUCGACCUGAAGCCGCAGAACCUGCUGCUCUCCGCCGGCGGCGAGGAGCUGGUGAUAUGCGACUUCGGCAUCAGCCGCGCGAUACAGCCGGGCGCGCACGUCCGGGAGAUACUGGGCACGAGGGAUUAUGUCGCACCAGAGAUCCUGUCGUACGAGCCGCUGUCCCUCGCGGCGGACAUCUGGUCGGUGGGCGUGCUCGCGUACGUGCUGGUGAGCGGCUACUCGCCGUUCGCGGGCGACACGAAGCAGGAGACGUACCUGAACAUCGCGCAGUGCCAGCUCUCCUUUCCGGCGGAGUUGUUCCGCGGCGUGUCGCAGCGCGCCGUGCAAUUCAUCAGGGAGACUCUUGUGGUAGAUCCAAAGGGUCGUCUUACAGUGGAAGAGUGCCUGGAGCACCCCUGGUUGAAAGACGAGGCGGACAUACCGCGCGUGAUCGUCGGCGUCGGCUUUGGCGCGUCAGAACUCGGCACCGACGACGACGCCGAUGACGAUGACGUCACGUGCAACGGACGUGACGCCGUCCACGUCAACGGGAUCAAUGGAGUCAACGGAGUCAACGGAACCAACGGAAUCAACGGACACAAUGGAGUUAGCAAAUGUAACGGCACGACCAAUGGCACGCAUGAGGAUAAAGAGUCGGAGUCAGCGGCGGAGGGCGGCGCGCGCGAGGAGGAGGAGCGCGACAAGCCGCUGAAGCACGCGCGCGACGCCUCGCCGCCCUUCCCCGACGCGCCCUCCACACCCAAGGUGUCGCGUAAAUCCCACCCGUCGCCGCCAUCCGUGCUCGCACUCUGCAAGAAGUUCCAGCCCGACUACGAGAAGCCGGCCAAGCUGUCGCACGCGCACACACACACGCACGCGCACGCGCACUCACACGCGCACGGCGAGUGCGGCGCGUGCGCGUGCGCGUGCCCGGCGCCAUGUCUGCGCAUGCGCGCCACGCAGGACCGCGCCGUGCUCUGCUAGCGCUCGCUCUGCUGCCUUUGGCGGCUCUGCUCACCCUAGCGGCCCCCGGCCCCCGGCCCCCGGUCCCCGGCCCCCGGCCCCCCGGUGCGGUACUGGCGACGGAUCCUGCUCUAGGGGCAAAGAAUCCCGCUCUGGAAGCAGCCGAUCUCUCUUUAGGGUCGCCACGUACCGGCUCUAGUGUGAAGUGUGCUAGGUUAACUACUCGUGAGAUAUACCCUAGGGAUCGAGAGACUUACGUAGUGACAUUAGCAGCUCUGCAGGUUUUGUGUAUACCCGCUCUGGAAGUGAAGUGGCCUUAGCAAGGAGCAAGUGGUUUUAGUAUGACCAUUGUAUUUCAAGUGACUCUAGGGAUUGUGCACCCUCAGUAGCUGUAACGGGGGCCCGGAGUCCGUACGCGCACUGGAGGGUUCAGCGAAAGCUAGGAAUAGUGCUAAAGUACUGUUAUUACCUUAAAAAUUGUGCAACUUGCAAUUGUGAAAGAUUUUUAGAGUAAACCCAUCUUGUAUUACAGUCGAGGAUUUUUCAGAGUCGUAUAUUCCAGCCUUAAUUGUGGCAGGAAGGAGAGACGAUUAAUGUAAAAUUUCACAUUUCAGUGCGCGUACCCUGUCGACACUCGCGACCGUUCUGUGCCUUUAAAAGUACAAUUGUAGCUAGCAUUAAAUAUUUGUAGCCUUAGAAUUAUUGCACUCGUAUCUUAGAAUAUAACACGUGCGAUUAUGGUUGAGUGCGCUGAAGUGAUAUCGUGCGAAAUAUGUAUUUAACAAAAUGUGUGCCAAUUUCCUAACGCUGUAUGUUAUACCAAUGUCGAUUUAAGUGUGUGCUGCGGGUGAAGCGGCAGUAUGGAAGGAUGUAGUUUUGUACUUUUCUCAAUAACAUCAUUUAUAUUUUUAGGAAAUUAUAGCUUUUGUACACGACUUUAUACGAAAGUAAAUUCCAUACUUCCGCUUCGUCACCUCAAAUUGUGGCUGCAUGCGUUCCGUGUAUGUUAUUAUUUACUGGCAUAGAUUUAACGAUUCUUCAAUACAGGAUAUUACCAACGGUUUUGAACCGUUUAUGGAUCACACGCACAAACACGCGUCACGUGUACUCCGUUGUGUCGUUCUGUAGGUCGCGAGUGGGUCCGCAAGUUGCAGAAACGUCGAGCGUUGAUGCUGAAAUGUAUUACUUUUAAUGUUUACAUGUCCAAGCUAAGCCGUCUGGCCGUGUAAAUAGAUUUAGUGUAAGCCGAUAUGUGUAUAUUUUUUUUAAGUAGGGACCCGAUUACGCGAACUCGUAAACGCGACAAUAUUAGCGUAAUAAUUUAUGGAAAAAACUACGCAUCUCUUGUCCUUGUUUCGCGACGUCGUCAAUUGCGUUCCAAAUUUGAAAUCGCGUUUAAUGUACGGCUAAUGGAAAGUUCGAGUUCGUCUAGUAAUCGCGCUCCUACAUCGACGGUACAAAAUGCAUAAUUAUACGCCAGCAAACGAAAGUACGGAGCUUGUAAUGUAAAUGUGUUCGUAAGAUUACUUAAGUCGGCCGAGAGAUGCGCCCACACCGCCCGAGCUGUACAUAAUCCAUACUUUUACCGCGGUCUUAAUUUAUUUGAUAUAUAAGGUGCGGCUUCUCGGCGCUAAAUACUUACUUAGCUAAUAAAUUUGUUAUAUUUUAACGAUAACUUUCGUGAAUUGUAUUCUAGCCACUAAGUGUUUAGAUAUGUUUUAAAGAAUAAUGUACGUUACGUAUAUGGAAUGUAGUGACGCGUUCGUUGACCCAAAAAUGGGACCAAAAUUUUGUGUAGUCGCAUAUUAUUCCAUUACGAUGGAAAUGUUGUCGUGUUUAAUGUACAAUAAGAAAUUUUAUCACUGUGAGUGACCGCGUUCGGGUUGUUGAAUAGAUAGGAAAUUGUUAAAUAAUGGAGUAUUGCGAUGAGCUCAAAUCUUAACGAUUUAGUUACUCUUGUAAAUCUUAGCUUAAUGGAAUUAUAGUGCCUUUGCGCCGCCUAGUUAAUUCCCCUUAUUUCUUAUUGUCUUUUAAUUUUGCCUGUGUAUAGUUUUAUUUCCUUUACAAGAGAUUACUAAUUUGAUUUUUUUUUUACAUUUUUCUCAAACUUAACUCGAAGAUUUUAUCGUCCUCAGAGCUGUUGUGAUUCAUAACUCAUUUGUAAAAAUAAAUUAUUGUGAUACAAAA